CUCUUUUUUAUAAUGGGCUAAAUGUACCCUGUAAAACUUUGUCAGGCGCUGCUGAUGUGGACUUGAGUUGCAGGGUAUGCUUGCUUUGAAUCGGGCCUUCUGGGUUAUAUAUCACGCAUAGACGACAUACGUUAUAUCAAUUAAAUAUAUUAAAAAACGAUCCAUGGUUAAAAGUGUGACAAUCCUGCAGCAGGAACCGGCAUUGUUUGGCAUCCUGGCAGGCGGUGCACAGGGUUAAAUGUGCUCCACUCCAGCCGGUGCGGACUGACUGAUGAGCUUCUUCUUUAUGCUAUAGCAACCUGAAGUGUACCUAGUCCUCAACAGGAACGGGGCCUGGACGGAGCCGCUGACUGGGAAUCAUAGCAACGUCUGUGAAGAUUGGCUCCUUUCCCAGAAAAUCAGUCUGAGAGAUAUGGAUGGAGAUGGCAGAACUAACGAUGUGCAGGCGGAGCUGGACUCUGUGGAGGCGGAGCUGGAGUUGGUGGAGCUGCAGAUCACAGAGCUCCUGCAGAAGCAGACUGAGCUGACGGGUCGUAAAGAUGCACUGCUGCAGCGACUAGAGGAUGUCUGUGAUGCUGCACAGCCGUCAUCCUCAAAGUCAUCUGGAGCUCAUCCAGUGCUAAGCAAGCAGGAGAUGCGGCUCUAUGAUGGAAUAGAUUUCCCAUGGUCCAAAGAAUUGGAGCAGCACCUGAAAGACUCGUUCCAUCUCUCCACAUUCAGACCGCUGCAGCUGAGGGCCAUCAACCUGACCAUGUCAGGCAGAGAUCUGUUCCUGGUGAUGCCCACAGGAAGAGGAAAAAGCCUCUGCUUCCAGCUUCCUGCAGUCUGCUCCAAGGGUUUUACAUUGGUUGUCAGUCCCCUGGUGUCCCUGAUGGAGGACCAGAUCAUGUACCUAAAGUCCAUCGAUGUGCCAGCAGUCAUGCUGAAUGCUUCCAGUAGCAGGGAGCAUGCCAAGACCGUCAUGGCUGGAAUGACAGAUCCCAAAGCCCCUUUCAAGCUGCUGUACGUGACUCCGGAGAAGAUCGCCAAGAGCAAGCUGCUCAUGUCCCGUCUAGAGAAAGCCCACAACGCAGACCUGCUGAGUCGGAUCGCAGUGGACGAGGUUCACUGCUGCAGUCAGUGGGGACAUGACUUCAGACCAGAUUAUAAACUGCUGGGCAUCCUGAAGAGGCAGUUCCCCAACGUCCCCCUGCUGGGACUCACAGCCACAGCAACCAGCAGCGUCCUGAAGGACUGUGAGAAGAUCCUGUGUGUGCCAAAGCCAAUCACACUGUCUGCGUCCUUCAACCGGACCAAUCUCUACUAUGAGGUUCGUAUAAAAGAUUCUAACUAUGAUGCAUCAAUAAGUGACGUUGCCUCUCUGAUCAAGAACAGAUACAAGGAUCAGUCAGGGAUCGUGUAUGUGUUCUCUCAGAAGGAUGCAGAGUCGGUGUCCUCUGUGCUCCAGAAGAGGGACAUCCUGGCCUUCCCCUACCACUCUCACAUGGAAGCCGACGAUAAGUCUCAGGUUCACCGCAAAUGGACCUCCAACAAAAUCCAGGUGGUGGUAGCCACAGUGGCGUUUGGUAUGGGCAUCGACAAGCCUGACGUCAGGUUUGUCAUCCACCACACCAUCAGUAAGUCCAUCGAGAACUACUACCAAGAGAGUGGACGCGCAGGUCGAGACGACCGUCAAGCAGACUGCAUCCUCUACUUUGGCUUCUCUGAUAUCUUCAGGAUCAGCACCAUGGUGGUGAUGGAGAACGUCGGUCAGCAGAAGCUGCUGCAGAUAGUGGACUACUGCCAGAAUGUUGACAGGUGUCGGCGCUCCCUCAUGUCUGUUCAUUUUGACGAGGUGUGGGACGAUGAAGGAUGCAACCAGAUGUGUGAUACUUGCCGCCAUGCAAAAGACUACACCACAGUGGACAUUACCCAGCAUGCCAAGCAGGUGGUCCACAUUCUAGAGCUGGCAGCGUCAGCGGAUGAGAAGCUGACUCCUCUGAAGCUGGUGGAUGCGUGGAUGGGCAAAGGCCCAGCCAAGCGCAGGAAGAUGAUCCACACCACCACCCUGUGUCGGCUGCAGGCUGAAGCUGUGGUUGUGAUGCUGCUACUGCAGGGAUACCUCAGAGAGGAUUUCAGCUUCACUCCGUACACCACCUACUUCUACAUGAAGCUGGGCCGCAAAGCUCCUCUGCUGAAGAGCCAGACUCACACACUCAGCAUGAAGAUGGGGUCAACAGGGACGGGGACUGCUGUGGUGAACGCUGUGGUCAAGGCCAAAGAGGGAAAGAGAUCAGUUCAAAGUGGUGGAAGCGGCUCUGUGUCCAAGAAAGUCAAGACAGACCUCCCCUAAGCCCCCACCAUGUCCAGAAGACAAGCUGCCAAAGACACAUCAGCCAAUGAGGAGGAGUGUGAUAUGACCUUUGACCACAUUGACAUGGACCACAGCUGUCCCCCACAACCCAGACAGAAAGUAUUUAAAGACCAGAGAAACCAGUCCAGGAAGCAGACAGACAGAGCACAGAAGCAGCUGACGGACCAACCUGGAGAGGAAGAGGAGAGCGAAGGGAGCUUCAUCUCGCCUCAAAGUGGAAUUGAGGUUGACGUUGAAAUAAACAUUAUAGAUAACAGUUAUGGUCAUAAAACACCAUCACAUCCUGUUAAACAUUGUUCCAAACGCAAAGCCACCACCCCUCAGAGAGUUAGGAGCAAACCCCGUGCUGACACGGCAGCAGCUGUUCCCCUUCCAGGCCCAGGUGAGGACACAGCCGCCAGCUCUCCUUCCCACGCCUCCAUCAUCUCUGAGACUGCAGCCGAAGAGCUCUGUGACCUGAGGAACUACUACAACAAACAGCUGAGGAGGAUUAACCACAUUUCCCAUGAAUACCUGGGGCAGCCCUCAGAGCCAGGGAUGCUGUCAUGUAUCAGGGAGCCCCUGAGGAGCCUCCGUCUGCCCCGCAGGGGGAGCAUCGCCCAGACAGCUCGCAGCCUGUGGACCCGAGUGAGUGGCAGGAGGAAGCUGGUUCACCGCUGAAGGCAGUGUGAAGUUCCAUUUAAUGCACAUCAAGAAUCUCUGUUUGUGAAUAAUCUUCAUGAUUCGUUCAGCGAAAUAAUCUUAACAAAUGUAGAGUAAGAACCUUAGGACCUCCACCACUAAGCUCAAGGAGGACUAGUGACUAACUCAUUUAGACUCUUAAGACACGUGAAAGCUUCUAAUUUCACCAGAUGGGUAUUUCCUGAUUUAUUUUAUAUCACAUGUAAACGUUUACAUCCCUCCAGCUUGUGUUUAAUUUAUUUCACACAUCUAACCAAAAACACAAGGAACAGGAAGUGUACAGAUGCUGACUUGUUUCCGGGUUUUAGGACUGCAGCUUUCUGAAACAUGAACAGCUGGUGUUCUUUUGAAAUCACAAAGGUUCUUCUUGCUGACCCAGUUAAAGAAUCCACUAUGUGAAGGAUUUCACCAUGUCAGAUCCUUUUGCCUUCCUCAUGUGACGAUGUGAGUUGUACUGUCUCCAUUUCCUAGUGUGGACUAUAAACACCCAAUGAGGUUGACCCAACAGGUUCUGAUGAAGCCUCACCCGACCUCGGACACAACUGGACUAAAUGAAUAUGAAUGAUAUGACGAGCUUGUGAUAUCCCCCAGAGACAAAGCACUGUCAGUUUAUUCUUCUGCUGUAUGCUGGUUUCAUGGAGCAUUUCUUGAGACCUGGUUCAUGUGUUGACUGUCGGAUCUAAACUUGGUAAACUCCUCAUACUCUGUGUGGUGAUGUCAGUAAUAAAUGUCAUUUCUAGUGUG